UUAUUUUUAAAAAUAAAAUAUAUUAACUCUUAUAAAUAGGUGGUUUUCUGGUAGAUUCUUGCAAAAACUUAUAAUAGUCAUUACUUAUGCAAGGAUUGCAAGCGUAAUAUGUCUGCUGUGAGUGAGGAAGCUGUGUCCCAUAUUGAUUCUGUCGACGUCGCUAAUUCUCUUGUUGAGAGCGAAUCAAAAUGUGAAUUAACUUGCGAUUCCGGAUUGGACACUCUCGAUUCAUGUUCCCUUUCUUUAGUUAACACUUCGGAGACUCCAAAACAGCUCCAAAAUGAGGAGAAGGAGGGCGAGAAAGGGUCCACUAACAGGGAUGCAGAAAAUGAUAGUUCUGAUACUAUUUAUAGUCCUACUUCUCUGUCUCCUGAAGCUGGUGAAGAACAUCAUUUCAUGAACUUCGACGACCUCCACGGAGUCGACGAUGUUGAUAAUAUUGCUAUAAACCAACUUAUAAAUAUAGAGAAUAAGUAUGACAAUGAAAUAGAUAAAAUAUCAGCAGAUAAUGGUAAUUUUAAGGUUGAUCUACCUCUUGAUAACAUAUCCAGUGAUUUCAGUAGUUAUCUGUGUUCAGAUACUUCAGGAAAUUCAGCGAGAAGCGAGUCUGAAGUGAAAAAUAUAGAGAAUAUUGAAAAUGAUGGAUUUGGAAAAUCCGAUAUUCAUUCUAAUGGAUCUACCAGCAUACACAGCCUGGACAAGGUCCAUGAUUCUAAUGAUUACAUUGCUGCUAAUGACAAUGAAAUGAAGCCCCAAAAAAUAAUGCAUACUCUAGCCACAUCCACCAUGAGUCUCCAUGAAGAAACAGAGCCAGCAAUAGAAGCUGCAUUAGCCAAAUCAACAUUCAGCAAAAGUGCUGAGAACAUUCCGGUACUGGUUCCACAUGUUGUGUCCAACCAGAACUCCAGCACAAAAGAAUUGGAUACAGAGCAAAUACUAUCAGACUUUACCAGCCAAAAAACUAAAGCACAGGCUGUCCAAAAAAUAGUACCUGAUGUAGUGAGCACCGCAGAUAAUAAAUACCACAGGAUUCCUAAAGAACUGCUGAACCAGGACUUGGGGAGCAUUGUGAAGAAUGUCCAUGGGAUAUUCUCUUCAGUCAGCGGUAGUCUUAAGAACGCAUACAACAUAUCAUCUAGAGCUGCCCACCCUAAACCACCACAGAAGAUUGCCUCAAAGACAGGAAGCAAAAUUAUGAGUGAAAUCUUUGAGGAAGAAAGUAGUCUUCAAGACAGUGGGAGUGGAACAGACAAAGACACAAUAUCUGAAACUGAAAUAUCUAAGUCCUCAAAUUCUGAACAAGACUCGGAGUCAGAGUGUGAUGCUAAAAGGGAAGUGUACAAAUUGCAAGUGGAGUCUUUGGAGAGGCUAUUGGCUGAACAGAGAAAGGAGAUGGCGGCGCUGCGGGAGAGAGUGAGACAGCAGACCGAGGAGAUGAUUGGGAAGGAGCAGACUUUUAAGGACCUUGAGGGGAAAAUGGAUUUGAUGCGCAAACGCGUAGAGCACGCGGAAAAGGAGAAAGACUCAGCAGUGAUGCGGUACGCCAGCUCAGAGUGUACAGUGAUUGAGGCGAGGCGAGCGGCCGAGGCAGCCGCGCGGGCCGAGCGCGCCGCCGCGGCUGAGCUGGAACUCAUGGGCGGGAAGCUGAAGUCAGCGCACGCGGAGAAGCAGAGGAUCUGCCAGAUGUAUGAUGAUAAGUGCCACGAGGUGCUGUCCGCGGAGCGCGAGCUGGGCCGCGCGCGCGAGGAGCUGCGCGAGCUGGAGGGCCGCCUCAAGUGGACGCAGAGCAAGCUGCGGACAGAGGUGGACGCCUACAAGGAGAGCGCCGAGCGUGCGGAGAAGCUGUCGCAGCAGGUAGCCGAGCUGGAGGCCGCGCGGGACGCCGCCGCCGCGCACGCCGCCGACUCGCUCAAGGCGAGACAACUCGAAAUCGAUCUGAAGGAGAGCCAAGCGGCGCUGAUCCUCUGUCGCCACGAGAAGGCAGAACUGGAGAAGGCAGUUGUCUCGCUCACACAGCAGCUAGAAACGUGUAAGAGUGAGCGGGACGACGCGACCACCCGCCUCGCAACCGCUACCGCUGAGGUGUCCCGCCUACAAGACAGCAACCUGCGUCUGGAGGAGGAGGCGGCGUCGCUGGCCGCGCUGCGGGCGCGCGCCGCCCGGGCCGACGCGCUCAGCUCACAGCUGGAGAGGGAGACCCGUCGAGCGGAGCAAGCGGAAGAGGCCCUGUCAGCGGAGCGAGCUCGCGCCGAGACCUGCUUACUACGGGAGGCCAGCGCCUUACAACACGCCGCGCAGCUCACCGCGCAGCACGUGGCCGCCGCCGCCAGCAGCUGCGACUCACGGAGACAGGCGCAAGCUCUCGAGGCGGACAACGUGUCCCUGCGCGCGCAGCUCGCGGCGCUGCAGGCGGAGCUGGCGGCGGCGCGGCGCGCGGGGGCCGACGAGGCGGAGCGGAGGCAGCGGGAGAACCGGACCAUGGCUAGAAAGAUCGCAGAGUUGACAGAGGAAGUGGCAGAGACCAACAAGAAGCUGGAGUGGGAGAAAGGAGAGAACGGAGUGUUGAAGAAAAAACACGCCAGUGCCAUAAAGGAGUUGAACCGCGAGCUACAGAGGGCGCUGCGGCGCUGCGACCAGCUCGGCGCCAAGAUACCGCACGCGGAGAACGGAGACCACACCACUGGAUCAAUAAGUUCGCUGAGUAGCGGGGACAGCGCGCUGCCCACCGAGGAGCGGCUGCAGAACGGACACGGCAACGACGUUCCAGAUAUACAGGAGAACAAGGUGCACACGGCGGACCGCAUGCAGCUGAUCGAGCGGAUCGUGUCGCUGCAGCGCGCGGCGGCCCGGCGAGCUGAGCGACAGGACUUCCUGGAGGAGCACGCGCGGCAGCUGACGGACGAGCUGCGCAAGAAGGCGCGGCUGCUGCGCACGCUGCUGAGCCAGGCGCCGGCGGGCGCGCUGGCGGGCAGCGAGCGGGAGCAGCACAAGAAAAGGAAACUGACUAAGAAGGACAUAGCGCGUCUGGGAGGCGGCGCGAUGGCGGCGGUGUGGGGCGGAGACCCGGCCGGCAUGACGCUUGAGCUGUCCCUCGAGAUGAACAACCGACUGCAGGCUGUACUGGAGGACGCCUUGUUGAAGAAUAUAACCCUCAAGGAAAAUAUGGAUACGUUAGGAAAAGAAAUAGCGAGAUUAAAAGGACAGCCGCCGCCGCAAGCGAGCAAGUAGCGAGCAUUGAUGUACUUAAGAAGACUCCCAAAAGGUUCGACGUUGUUACAAUAGAUGGCGUUAAUUCAACUUAUGCUAUUAUGGGUGUCCGCAUAAAGAAAUCGUUUUGAGAAGGGGGGUAUUUUAUUAUAUUAGUAAAAUAUUUAAUUUACUAGUCUUCAGUAUACUCGCUAGAUCGCUAUAGAUAUUGACAUUAAAUAAAGAAAGAGGCCAUGCACAAAAUGUAAUAUAUCUUGCAUAGCUAGUUUUAAAUAAUUAUUGAGAAAUUAUAUUUAAAGCAGCCGAAUGGCGUAGUGGUUAGUGACCCUGACUACUGAGCCGAAGGUCCCGGGUUCGAUUCCCGGCUGGGGCAGAUAUUUGU